UACGCAGCCACAACGCUGGGUAAGCUUACAAACAGGAAGAAAUCAUCGCUGUCACAUCGACACCGACGACGGCUAGUGUUGCCCAGAGUGCGGCCCAGGCAAGAGCCAGCGACCGCCACUUCAGGCACCAUGAUGGAGGGGGGCAUGCAGCUGCUGAACCGCGAUGGCCACAGCAUCUCGCACAACUCCAAGCGCCACUACCACGACUCCUUCGUGUCCAUGAACAGGAUGCGACAGCGUGGCCUGCUGUGUGACAUCGUGCUCCAUGUCUCCAACAAAGAAAUCAAGGCGCACAAAGUGGUGCUGGCAUCCUGCAGCCCCUACUUCCAUGCAAUGUUUACCAAUGAGAUGUCGGAGAGUCGGCAGACCCAUGUGACCCUUCAUGACAUCGACUGUCAGGCUUUGGAGCAGCUGGUCCAGUACGCCUACACAGCAGAGAUUGUGGUCGGAGAAGGCAACGUGCAGACGUUGCUCCCAGCAGCCAGCCUGCUGCAGCUCAACGGGGUGCGGGACGCCUGCUGUAAGUUCCUCCUCAGCCAGCUCGACCCCUCCAACUGCCUGGGCAUCCGAGGCUUCGCUGACACGCACUCCUGCAGCGACCUGCUCAAGUCAGCCCACAAGUACGUCCUGCAGCACUUUGUGGAGGUGUCCAAGACGGAGGAGUUCAUGCUGCUGCCACUGAAACAGGUCCUGGAUUUGAUCUCCAGUGACAAUCUCAACGUGCCAUCUGAAGAGGAAGUGUACCGGUCUGUGUUGAGCUGGGUGAAGCAUGAUAUAGAUGGACGCAGGCAACAUGUACCCUGGCUGAUGAAGUGUGUGCGGCUGCCACUGCUGAGGCGAGACUUUCUGAUGAGCAACGUGGAUACAGAGCUGCUGGUGCGACACCACUCUGAGUGCAAGGACCUUCUGAUCGAGGCUCUCAAGUACCACCUGAUGCCCGAGCAGAGGGGAGUCCUCAGCAACAGCCGGACGCGCCCGCGACGCUGUGAGGGUGCAAGCCCUGUGCUCUUCGCCGUUGGUCAGUGUGCCCCUGAAGGUGGGGGCAGCUUGUUUGCGAUCCACGGAGACUGCGAGGCAUAUGACACCAGAACGGAUCGCUGGCACAUGGUGGCGUCCAUGUCCACUAGGCGGGCACGGGUGGGCGUGGCAGCCAUUGGGAACAGACUUUAUGCCGUUGGAGGGUAUGAUGGCACCUCAGACCUCGCAACUGUGGAGUCCUACGACCCCAUCACUAACUCCUGGCAACCAGAGGUUUCUAUGGGCACACGGAGGAGCUGUUUGGGUGUAGCCGUCCUGCAUGGCCUGCUGUACGCUGCUGGUGGUUAUGAUGGAGCCUCCUGCCUCAAUAGUGCAGAGCGUUACGACCCUCUGACCAGUACAUGGACCUCGAUAGCUGCCAUGAGCACUCGUAGGCGAUAUGUCCGAGUGGCAACUCUGGAUGGCAGCUUGUAUGCAGUGGGUGGUUAUGACAGCUCCUCACAUCUUGCAACUGUGGAGAAAUAUGACCCCCAGAGCAACACAUGGACGGCUAUUGCCAACAUGCUGAGUCGGCGUAGCAGUGCCGGGGUGGCCGUGCUGGACGGCAUGCUGUAUGUCGCAGGGGGCAACGACGGCACCAGCUGCCUGAACUCUGUGGAGCGGUUCAACCCCAAGGCCAACACCUGGGAGGGAGUGUCCCCCAUGAACAUACGCAGGAGCACCCAUGACCUGGUGGCUAUGGAUGGCUGGUUAUACGCAGUGGGAGGUAACGAUGGCAGCUCCAGUCUCAACUCCAUUGAGAAGUACAACCCACGCAGCAACAAAUGGGUCGCGGCCUCCUGCAUGUUCACACGGCGCAGCAGUGUGGGCGUGGCUGUGCUGGAGCUGCUGAACUUCCCACCACCCUCCUCACCCACCCUCUCGGUUUCCUCCACCAGCCUUUGACACGGGGUCACCACUUGGCUGACCUCAGCCUCUGCUGCUACAGCCCAGACCGGCUCUGGGAAGAAACGCAACUGCUCGGUUUGAGACUGGGAGGAGGACGGGAGUGGACAGGUAAUGGAUGGAGGAGGGGGAAGAGAAAGAGGGAAGGUGUGGAUAAGGCUCCUGGUGUCAUUAAUAUACAGUACCUUCCAAAAUUAGUGGCAUUCUUGGUAAAGGUUGGCCAACAAUGGUUUAAAAAAAUAUAUAAAAUAAUUUAAACACAAAGAAGUGAAUGUGCAGAACCCUGUAGUCCCAAAAUAAAAUGUUCCAAAGGUAAUUAUUAAUUAUUUGAACAUUUAAGGGACGACUUAUGAUUCCCGAAUGAUCCUCCAUAAGAUAUUACAUUACAUUUUUUGGUCAUACCAAUCUGGCAGCUCUUUACCAAGUUUGCCAUUCAUUCUGGACUGCACUGUAUCUGGUCUGGACGCCUGAAACUCCACUGUACAGCUCCACCAUACAGAUGCCACCUCCACUUUCUUCAAGAGUACAAAGAUGUGCCCGGAUGUGUUCACAUUGACCGAUCUUUCCUCAAGCACUUUUUUUCUCCCACCACUCCAGUGUUUGACACACUCAUCGUGAAACAUGGUGGACACUUAAUUCUGUGAUGUAAAUGUUUUUGGUUUGAUGUUGUUGUCCUCUGCAAUACUUUUAUUUUGAUGUCAGGAUUUUUUGCAAUAAUGUAAAAAAAAAAAAAAAAAAAAAAAAAAAUGAAACUGAAUGAUUUUACUUUUGGAAUGAAGCUUUUGACUUCCGUAUACCAUGCAUGUUUACGGAUUGGCAUUCACUCCGAACUGGAGGAUAAAAUGUUGUAGUGCUGCUGUGCCACACUAGGUGGCAGUAACAGGCAAUGUUAUAAACCCUUCCCACACUGCAGGACAGCAUGGACACAGACGACAGAGAGAAGUCAGCCCCUCAGAACUGUAUAUGAGCUUGAUCCUUUUUUAUAAAAUAGAGAAGAAUUGUGUGAACUAUAUGUAUUUAUAAAAAAUAUAUAUAAAUUAUAAUAUAUUCUGUUUUAAAGGAAGGACCCAGAUCAGACCUAUGCCUAUUUAAGAGUGUUUUAAAUAUAUUUAUUUAGGUGUGUGAUGUGCAUAUCGUCAUUGGAAAUGACAAAGAGAAUGUCUAAGGGAGAGAGAGGUUGUUGUUCAGUUUGUGUGCAUUCAGAGUUUCUCCUGGUUAAGAGGACCGAUUGUUGCAUUUUCAUAUGCAGCAUUUCAUUUGCAUUUCUUAAUGUUCACUGCCAUAAGCAUGAUCUCACAUGAAAUUCUACCUUAUGUCUGCUACAUUUGUGCAAAAGCCUUAGUUGCUCGCAAACCUAUUGACCAGUCAAUGAGAGGAAUCUAUAUUGUCUUAAAUCCUACUUCAGUUAUUUUUAGGUGGACAUGAAGGUGGAUAUAAUCCUUUAGACACAUGACAUUAAAGCAGCAAGUACUCGUUAACCUACUGUAUACCAACACUUGACACUAAUGAGUAAUGCUGUUGACACUUGGUGCUAAUUUCUUCCAUACAUAAUCAAGUGUGGUGUCAUGUUAUAUUACCUCAUUGUUAAAAUGGAUCACACUCUAUUGCAACAAAGUUGAACUAGAAAUAACUGUAUAAUUAUCUAUAAAUAGACUUGCUAUAUGACGUGUGGUGGCUGACUUGGGAAUGUCACCACUGAACUGGCAUUGUCUAAAAUAAAUUGAUCACCUUGAGUAUUCAAGAUGCAAUUAAUACCUGGGUUCAGUUCAGAUUUGAUGUAGUGCAGUGAUAUUAAUUCAAACUUCUGAGAAGUUGCCUUUUU